UCCAGGUGAAAUUUCUCAGGUAAGUGAGCUUCCACUUACUAUCAAAUUUAACAAGAAGAUCUUGGUCAAAGAUUUUGAAAAAUAUAAAACGUUACAUAGUGACAUGAAAAAUGUCUUAGAUAUAGUAGUUAAAAUAUUAGUAAAUAAGGCAAGUGCAGAAGAUGAAUCUCUCUCAAAGAAAAAAGCUAGGGUAGAGGGAUAUUGA